GGGCAGCGGUCACCGGCUGCCAUGGGCACUUCCGGCGCGCUGCAUUGUGGGGCCGUGACGAGGCUGGGAGCGGGACGGGUCCGCGCAUGCGCGAGCGCCACCGCUCCGAGCUCCGUUGUGAUGUUGGGAACAACAGAAAUGACUAACCAAGAAGAAGCGGAGAUACAGAUUUCAGAGUUAGAUUUACUGUCUAGCAUGUUUCCUUAUGAGGAGGAAUUUGCUGUGACAGACCAGCUGGCUCUAGCUGAACUGAAACACUAUGCUGAAAAUGAGUCUGCAGAGGUGCCAUCUUCAAAAGUUCAGUUUGUACUGAAUGUAAAGGCUGAGGUCCCUAAUGCUUCUGUGGUGGAAUUCUCUAUGGCCUGUGCUUUGCCAUUUAAAUAUCCGACUGUUCUACCGGAAAUCACUGUGAGGUCGUCGUUAUUAAGCCGCUCUCAGCAGAUUCACCUGAACUCUGAUCUAAAAACAUAUUUGAUGCAAAACUGCAGUGGUGAGCCCUGCAUGUUGAGUGCAAGGCAAUGGGUUAAAGACUACGCAGCUGCUUACAUUGACAAAGAGCUUUCAUCUUCCUCAAUGACAACUGCAAGUGCCAUGCAGGCAGAAGUCACUACAUUCACUCGAUUGUGGAUCUAUAGUCAUCACAUUUACAACAAGCAAAAAAGAAAGAAUAUUAUUGACUGGGCUAAGGAGCUCUCUCUUUCAGGGUUUUGCAUGCCAGGGAAACCAGGUGUUGUUUGUGUAGAAGGUUUACAAAGUAAUUGUGAAGAGUUCUGGUCAAGAGUAAGAAGACUAACGUGGAAAAGAAUUCUCAUUCGGCACAGAGAAGAUGUUUCUUUGGAAGGUGGAGGACAUGCUGAGAUUCAGAACCAACGAAAGUUUUCCACUUUGGAAGAAAAAUGUUUUGAUGCACAUGGUGCCAGGGGAAAUCAUAUGGAUUUGGGGCAACUGUAUCAUUUUUUAGAAGAAAAAGGAUGUGCUGACAUUUUUCAAAUGUACUUUGGGGUUGAAGGGCAUUGAAGGGUUUGAAGAUCAGCACGGGCCCCAGCACUUAGGAUUGGAAUUUAAUCCUCAUAACAGAUUCCUUAGCUGUUCUGCAACAGCUGAUCAGAGAGGGAAUUAAUAAUUCAUGGUUUAUGUGAUGAAUACAGUUUUCAAUGAAAACAAAUAUCCAGUGAAAUCCCGAAUAAUGAAAAUGACUACAUGAAUACUUUAUUACUUUAUUUACUUUCUGAUUUUAAGGAGAUUUAGGGUACAUACCUAAUUACAA